CUGCAGGAAACAAAUUUGGAAGGACUGAUUCUGGCACAGUAAUAUUCACUGAUAUCAACUUGAUCAGUGGAAUGGAGCAAACAAGAUUCUUAUUUCAGCAAGCAUCAAAGGUUGGAUUUUCACACUCAAAUAUUCUCUGCACCAUCUUCCAACAUGCUUGCUUGCGGUUUCCAGAUCUUUUGUCACAUAAUAUCAUAUCAAAUCCGUCUAGAAGGAGAUCAAAAUCUUCAUCAGCAACAGAAGCAGUUCUUAAACAACAUAAGAAAGUGUAUGUCAUCUUUGGUGGUGACACCUCUGAACGCCAAGUAUCUCUUAUAAGCGGAACCAAUGUUUGGCUGAAUCUAAAAGCAUCUGAUGAUACAACCAUUGACUAUUGGAAUUAGAUGGGUCUGAAUAGUGUGGAAUGGAUGUAGAUGAUUCAUAUAGCCAACUCCAAUUGGUUUGGUAUUGAGGCAUAGUUAGUAUAUACCUGGUAAUCUUUUCUUCACGCAGUUGAAGGGAAAUGCGAGGUGUUCCACUUUUCUCUCUGGUAAGUCUCCAACCAUUGUGGACUGUGGAGGGUUUACAACUAGAGCAGCCCUCGCAUGUUGCCUCAGCUUGAGGUGACACCGUGCUUGCUUGCCCCUGACAUGAGCUAUUCUGAUGUUUCAGACUCUGCUAAUCAUGAACUAGAUUAGAAGUCUAAGACAGUAUGGACAUUGCCUUAUUCCCUUUUGCUGAGACAUACUACAGAAGAAGUCCUUGAUGCGUGUCUAGAAGCAAUUGAACCCAACCGGGCAGCUCUGACGUCUCACUUGCGGAACCUGGUCAUGGAUGAUCUCACGAGAGGUCUGAGAAAGCACAGUUGGUUCAAUGGGUUUGAUAUAUCUGAUGAAUUACCAAAGAAAUUUUCCCUGGAGCAGUGGGUCAAGCUAGCUAAGGAAUCUCAGGCGACUGUUUUCAUUGCAGGCAUUGGAGAAGAUGGUACACUUCAAUCUUUACUAGAGGCGGAAGGGAUUCCCUUUACAGUAGGUCCUGGCGCCAUGUCUUCAAAAACAUGUAUGGACAAAGUUGCAACCUCUCUUGCUCUACACCAUCUGACAGAUUUUGGAGUCCUUACAAUAAAUAAAGAUGUGAAGACGAAAAAGGAUCUGCUGAAAAUGUCCAUAUCUGAUCUCUGGCAUGACUUGAAGUCAAAACUUCACUGUGACACUUUGUGUGUUAAACCAGGCAGAGAUGGUUGCUCAACUGGCGUGGCCAGAUUGUGCUGCAAGAGAGACCUUGCCUUCUACGUAAAUGCACUGCAGGACUGCCUACCUCGUAUUCCUCCUAACAGCCUGUCAAAGGCACAUGGAAUGAUUGAGAUGCCAAACCCUCCUCUGGAGCUCUUAAUAUUCGAACCUUUUGUUGAGACUGAUGACAUAGUUGUUGCAUCCAAAUCCAGUAAUGAGAAUGCACACAAUUUGCUCUGGAAAGGGGAUAGUAGAUGGGUAGAGGUCACCGUUGGUGUUGUAGGAAAACGUGGAUCAAUGCGCUCAUUGACUCCUAGUGUAACCGUGAAAGAAUCUGGAGGCAUAUUAUCACUGGAGGAGAAAUUUCAAGGUGGAACUGGCAUCAAUCUGACUCCUCCACCACCAUCUAUUAUGAGUAGCGCGUAAAAAGCAUAUUGGACUUAUUGCAAACACUCUACAAUUAGAAGGAUUUUCGCGUAUUGAUGCAUUUGUUCAUGCCGACACUGGUGAGGCACUUUCGGAGCAACCGCCCCUGUAUCCACAGCAUUUUUUCCGCACGUUGCUUGAUCUGGCAUCAGAGAGAUCCAUGUGAAGAUAUUUAUGUCACAAGAUUUCAGGGUGUUCAUGGCUUCAUUUCUUUCUAUUUGUUCUCCAUCCAUCAUUUUCCUUCCUAUGUAUGUUAAUUCAAGGCUGUUUGUAUGGAAGAAGACGAUAAAUGCAGAUGGUUGCCCCUCUGUGCUGCCGAUGGUUGUUUUUCAAUUUUCACUGGUAAUGACGGAAUACAUAUACAGGCCCUUGAAAUGUUUCACUUUUCCCGUAUAGGCACCUAAAUUAAGAAAGGUACCUAUUGAACCCUUUACUCCUUCAGAAAUGGUUUCAAUUGAGCCCAAUUCUUCGACGUGGCAGUUUGCGUGUACUCAUGCCUGGGAGGUGUGUGAAAUGUCAUGGAACAAGCUUAUGUGUCAUCCAACGAAUCUUUUAUCCUCUUUUUAUACCCAAUUUCUUUAAAAAAAAAAUCCUAAUUCCCACUUUCUUCCACUUUUUAUACUCAAUUCUUAAUAUCCAUCAUUUUUGUCUCCUAAAUUCUCCUUCUCCUCUUAAAUUUCUUUUCAGCCUUUUCUCUUGCUCCGCUUAAACUCUCCUACUCUUAUUAAUUUCUUCUUCUUACUCGUUUUUAGUAGUAAUGUCCAAUUCAUCUUUUUCAUUGUCUUCAUCUUCUUCAAUUCCAAAGGGAGAGUGUUUAUGUGGGGUGAAAGCUGAAAUUAUGACCUCGUGGACACAACUCAACACUGGUCGGAGAUUCUUUUGCUGCAAAACUUCAAAGGCGAGAGGUGGAUGCAAUUACUUUGAUUGGUAUGAUGAUGAAAUGCCUCCCCAAGCAAAGAGGGCGAUGUGGGGUUUAUUGGAAAAAGUCAAAUCAUUUGAAGAAGAGAGGAAUCGAUCAAGAAAAUUUAAAGUGAUAUCGUUGGAGCGAUUGUGAUUUUGGCUACAUGGAAUUUCUUCAAGAAAUGUUCUUAGAUUUUGGCAAAUAUUGGCUUAGGUUUCUUAUAUAUGGGACUGUUUUGAUUUGGCUAAUUCUGAAAUAUAUUAGUUGUACUGGGACUGUUUUGCUUUUGCUUUCUUGUUGUAGUGGGAUUAUUGUGUAUGAAACAAUUAAGAAGGAAUAAAGAUAAGUUGUGAAA